GCGGAAGCUUGUCGGUCAUCAGUGGACAGGGUUUGAUGCUGAGGAGAGAGCAUCUUCACUGCAGCACUGGCAGGCCGUGUGUUUGGGUCGGUGUAAUGUCUGACAGAGGACUGUUAUUGUUAUUAUUCCUCCAUGUUGUUUUGUCGCCGUGAUUCCAGUCUGAUCCGGAUCUCUGGUUCCGCCUCCUGAGCUCAGCCAUGGUGGAUUUGGCCGAAAGUGGUGCAGUGUCGCCCGGCCACGGCAGACACGGACCGGGCUCUGGCUCUGGCAAUAACGGGAAGAAGACGUCGAAAAAGUCGCGAACGAGAAGAGGCAAACGAGGCCGGAGGAGAAGGAAUAAAAAGAACAACAGGAACAACAAAACACCGCCGCCGUAUUUACCACCGGAGGCUGAAGAAGGAAACAUUGAAUAUAAGCUGAAGCUGGUCAACCCUACUCAGUACCGCUUUGAGCAUCUCGCCACGCAGCUGAAGUGGCGUCUCCAGGAGGGCCGAGGUGAGGCCGUCUACCAGAUCGGGGUGGAGGACAACGGCCUGCUGGUCGGCCUGACGGAGCCCGACAUGAAGGCCUCCCUGAAGACCUUGAAGAGGAUGGCAGAGAAAGUCGGGGCCGACAUCACGCUCCUCCGAGAGAGAGAGAUUGACUACGACUCAGACAGAAACACUCGCAAGAUCGCUGAAGUUCUUGUUCGAAAAGUUCCUGAUGAUCAGCAGUUCCUGGACCUGCGGGUGGCGGUCCUGGGGAACGUGGACUCGGGGAAGUCCACCCUGCUGGGCGUCUUGACGCAGGGUGAGCUGGACAACGGUCGAGGCCGAGCGCGGCUCAACCUCUUCAGACAUCUGCACGAGAUCCAGACCGGACGCACCUCCAGCAUCAGCUUCGAGAUCCUGGGCUUCAACAGCAGAGGAGAGGUCGUGAACUACAGCGAGUCCCGGACAGCGGAGGAGAUCUGUGAGAGUUCCUCCAAAAUGAUCACCUUCAUCGACCUUGCAGGACACCACAAGUACCUGAAGACCACCAUCUUUGGCCUCACCAGUUACUGCCCCGACUUUGCCAUGCUGGUGGUGAGCGCUAACACCGGCAUCGCCGGUACGACUCGGGAGCACCUGGGCCUGGCCAUGGCGCUGAAAGUUCCCAUUUUUAUCGUGGUCAGUAAAGUGGACCUGUGUUUCCGCGGCACCGUGGAGCGAACGGUCCGACAGCUGGAGCGAGUCCUGAAGCAGCCGGGCUGCAACAAGGUUCCCAUGGUGGUGUCCAACCCUGACGACGCCGUGACGGCAGCACAGCAGUUUACUCAGUCAGCAUGCAUCACACCCAUCUUCACCCUGUCCAGUGUGUCUGGAGAGAGUCUGGACCUCCUGAAGGUUUUCCUCAACAUCCUCCCUCCACUGAGCAACAGCAAGGAGCAGGAGGAGCUGAUGCAGCAGCUCACUGAGUUCCAGGUGGAUGAGAUCUACUCGGUUCCUGACGUUGGGACCGUGGUGGGAGGAACUCUCUACAGCGGAGUGUGCAGGGAGGGCGAACGGCUGGUGGUCGGUCCGACCGACGAGGGCCGUUUCCUGCGUCUGAAGGUGGGCAGCAUCCAGAGGAACCGCUCGGCCUGCAGGGUGCUGAGGGCGGGACAGGCGGCAACGCUGGCUCUGGGAAACUUUGACCGCUCGCUGCUGCGCAAGGGCAUGGUAAUGGUCAGUCCAAAGAUGAAUCCAACCAUCUGCUGUCAGUUUGAAGCUGCUAUCGUCCUCCUCUUCCACGCCAAGACCUUCCGUCGGGGGUUUCAGGUCACCGUUCACGUCGGGAACGUACGGCAGACGGCCACGGUGGAGUGUCUUCACGGAAAGGACGAGCUUCGAACAGGCGAACGGGCCGUCGUUCGCUUCCGCUUCAUCAAACACCCGGAGUACCUGCGGCUCGGCGCCAAGCUGCUCUUCAGGGAAGGCGUCACCAAAGGCAUUGGCCACGUCGCUCGCCUGCUACCCCCUUCCCAGAACCAGGACCAGAACCAAAUCCAUGACCAGAAUCUGCAGGAGCAUUAGAGACCUUCAUCUCUGGACGGACAGAUGUGGAGAUCCGUGAGAACUUUGAGGGCAUCAGUGCCAUCAGGGGCGUGUUAAUCCGCCUGUCCUGGAUCUAUAUUCCUACCCUUAGUCUUUCCCAUCAUCAUCAUCAUCAUCAUCAUCUUCUUCCUCCCAGGAGAUGUCAGUGUCUUGACGUAAAGCUGGAUGACCUCAGCGGACCUGAUGUUGUGCCACAGAUUGAUUGGAAAAAGCCGUUUGUCACGAAAGGCAGGAUUAUUUUGGGGGGAUUUGAGGAAUUAAAGCAGCAGUUCUGCUUCUUUACUGGUGGAUAGACUCCUCCGUUCUCCAUCCUACAAUGCAACACGUCUGCAUGCUCAGACUGAACAUGACAUCUACUUUUUCUAGAACUGCUGAGCAUUUCUAUGGAGAUCCAGAGCGGGAGGGAGUCGCUGAUCACUUGUGUGGACUAAUCUCAAGUUAGCAACAUGUUUCUGUCAAAGCAGGAACCAAAGUUGCAGGUUUUUGUUUCUCUGAUCAGUUAUGGAGGAGCACCCCAGUGUUAACGACAGUCUACAGGGGCAGCUGUGGUUUUGUUUUCUACAGAUACAUGUUUCAUUCUUAUGCAUAAUUAAGACUGUAGCUGCUUUGUUGACAGGUGGACGCCCUCUAUGAGCCAGAAAUGUUUGCAUGUUCUUCACCUCCACCACCUCUCCACCUCUCGGCUUGUUUCUGGAUCGACCAGGAGUUCAGAGCCACCGAGCUUCAGAGCUGCUGCUGGGAAACCUGUGGGUGAUGUGAUGUCUUCCUACAGUCAGUGGUCAGGACGUAGACAGAGCCCGCAUUCUUUAUUCCACUCACUUCAGCUGCACUUCCACAGUAUGUACACUGUGGACGUACGGCUUCAUCAUGACAUUGUGCCUUAAGCUUCCUUCAUGCAUCUGUUUGCUUUGUGAAAGGAUUGUUUGUCUUUGUGGCUCAGAUACUGACACUUACAAGACGGAUCUUCUAGAGGAUUGUGGGUCAGAAAAACAUGCUGGUUUGCAUACUUCAAGGACAUCCUGGUAGUUCUGGUAAACAUGCCAUCAUUUUUUGACAUUUGAUUUGGGAUAUAUUGGGUCAAACUAAAUCUUUCUUUGGCGUCCCCCCUGCACCACACUACUGGACUAUUCCCUAAAAGACACAACAACACAUUUCCUGACUGAACUCUGUGGUUUUGUCAAACUGCCAAGAUCCUGUUAGCCCAGGGGUGUCAAAGUCAUUCUAGUUCAGGUUCCACAUUCAGCCCAAUCUGAUCUGAAAUGGGCUGGACCAGUAAAAUCACAGCAUAUAAUAACCCAUAAAACUCCAAAUUUUUCCUUUGUUUUCAUGCAAAAAGUAUUUUCUUUAAAUGUUAACAUUAAAUGAACAAAACAUCAUGAAAAACCUAAAGUUUCUUCUGAAAAAUAAAUUCAAUUUCAUCAACAUUCAGCCUCAGUUUAUCAUUUCCACAUUACAACUUCCAAUCAGAGUGUCUUCAAAGGAACACAAUAUUUAGUUAUGGUCAAGACAACGAUAGUCGGACACGAAAAGACAAAAAACAACAAAAACGAGACAAAAUAUGACAAAAAUGAGACACCAAAUGACAACGGGAACAAAAUGACAAAAAAUGAGACAAUACGAAACAAAAAAGGCAAAAAAUUACAUUAAAAAAUUACAAAGCAGCAAAAAAAUGGACAAACGACCAAAACGAGACAAAAAACAAAUAAAGCUAGACACAAAGUGAUAAAUAAGACAAAAAACACAAGUGAAACAAAAAGGAAACACAAAAAAUGAGACAAACGACACAAAACAAAACAUAAAGGAGACAAAAAAAUUAGACAAAAAAGUUGCAAAGUAGCAAAAAAUGGACACAAACGAGACAAAAAAAUAACAAGCGAGAAACAAAAUGACAAAAAUAAGGCACGACACAAAAAGGAAACACAAAAUGACAAAAAUGAGAAAGAAAACGUCAAAAACAUGAGACAAACAACAAAAAAAGACCAAAAAAAGACUAAAAACAACAAAACUAAAUGUUACAAAAAUGGUCCCUAAACCUUCAGUCACAGAGACAUGUGGAGGAUGUUUGCUGCUGUUGUUGGUCUUCAGUAGAGAUCAACUCCACAUGAACCCAUUCAGACUGGUUUUGUGGGAAUAAAAGGUUUCUUCAGUUUUCUACUCCUUCCAGCCUUCCAUUGUUGCUGUUCCUGCACAUCCAGUAUCUGUAUUUAUAAAUGAAUGGAAUGUUUGCAUCUUGGUUUCCAGUUUGUCCAGACAAUCCGUGGAUGUUCAGCCCUGAUCUAAAACGUGUGAAGGUUCGAUGUCUGGCAGCGUUUUUGCAGUGAAACUUAACCUGCAUGCUCUGAAACCCUCUCGUUUAAACAAUAACGUGUAUCUGGUGAAGUGUUGAUGCAGUUUUUUUUUUUAAUUUUCCUGAGGUUCUGUGCAAUUGUAAAGCUAAAUAUUGAAUGUACUCUCCAUGAUGUUGUGUAACAUUUGGAAGUGGAGCUACCGUUGACUUUGCACUUUUUAUUCUGAUUGUGAGACGGCAGCUGAAGGGUGGAUUUAUCAGUUUGUUUUUCCUGCUGACCGUCCCUCCAGCUACUAAAUAAACUGUCAUAGUGAAAAACAAA